CUCUAGGCAGCAUGACUGACAGUAGGGAGGGACUGAGCCAGUGCAGGAAGGAAACAAGAGACAAGAGGGCCCCGCCUUCACCACCAACAUUUCCUUCUGGGCACUGGAUCCUCCAGCUACAGGUAUUUAUGAGUCCUGCUUGCCCUGGUGAUCCUGUCCUGCUCUGAGGUCCUACUGACUCAAUGUCAUGGUCUGAGAAGCCCUUCUUAGCAGAGAAGAUGGAAACCCUUGACCACAUCUGCUGCUGUCCUCCUCAGGCUGAGGCUCCAUGGACCUUCUAAACAGCUCCACUUCAAACUAGCUUGAGCAAGAGAUUUCCAAGAAAUCUUUCCAACCUCUGCUGGAGGCCCAAAAGAAGCAGGCCAGUCACUGUCAAUAUCUUCAUUGGAGAGAGGGACAGCAUCAGGAAGCUCCUUGCCAGUCUCCUAGAGUUCAGCUCUGAGGAUGGAAUUAGAUGGGGGAUCCUCAUCCCCACCAGAAGCCAUCACCACUGUAGAAGUAUCCAAUGCUGGGCCUGGCAACUCCUCCCUGGGGAAGCCCCAAGUCCUCCCCAUUAGGCCCAGCACCUACCAAGGGGAACUUGGCAGCCAGGGCGCAGCAGGGAGCUGCCUUCUAGAUCUUGGCCUGAAGAUUCCCAACCGGGACAGUGGAAUUGACAGCCCAUCCUCCAGCGUUGCUGGUGAGCACUUCCCCUGUGAGGAGGGCAGUGAGGUCCCCCCAGACCCCACCAUGCUGGGGCUGCACCCUGAAACAGCUGUGGACAGUGAGACACCACAGAAUUCACUCCAAGAGGAGGACAACAAUGAUGUGGAGGAGGACCCUGAUGCUGAGAACACCCCCCUGAAGAUGGACGACAUUGGCCAGGCCCAGAAGCUGCUCCAGAUUGCCCAGGAACUCCUGCACACUGAAGAGACCUAUGUGAAGCGGCUGCACUUAUUGGACCAGGUUUUCUGCACCCAGCUGACAGAAGCAGGCAUCCCUCAGGAGGUUACCACGGGCAUCUUCUCAAACAUCUCCUCCAUCUACCGCUUCCACGGGCAGUUCCUGCUACCCGAGCUGCAGACACGAAUCACAGAGGAGUGGGACACGAAUCCCCGGCUUGGGGACAUCUUGCAGAAGCUGGCUCCAUUCCUGAAGAUGUAUGGCGAGUAUGUCAAGAACUUCGACCGAGCAAUGGGGCUGGUGAGCACAUGGACCCAGCGCUCACUGCCAUUUAAGGAUGUAAUUCACAGCAUCCAGAAACAAGAGGUGUGUGGAAAUUUGACACUGCAGCACCACAUGCUGGAGCCUGUGCAGAGGGUCCCCCGCUAUGAGCUGCUGCUCAAGGACUAUCUGAAGAGGCUCCCCAGAGAUGCCCCAGAUCGAAAGGAUGCAGAGAGGUCUCUGGAGCUCAUCUCCACAGCUGCCAACCACUCCAAUGCGGCCAUUAGGAAAAUGGAAAAAAUGCACAAGCUCCUGGAGGUGUAUGAGCAACUGGGUGGAGAAGAGGACAUUGUCAACCCAGCCAAUGAGCUGAUAAAGGAGGGCCAAAUUCAGAAGCUGUCAGCCAAGAACGGCACAGCUCAGGACCGUCACCUCUUCUUGUUCAACAGCAUGGUCCUCUACUGUGUGCCUAAACUGCGGCUCAUGGGCCAGAAGUUCAGUGUCCGGGAGAAAAUGGACAUCUCUGAUCUCCAGGUACAGGAUAUUGUCAAGCCAAAUGCAGCACCUACGUUCACUAUAAAGGGAAGAAGAAGGUCCUUGGAACUUCAGACUCGGACAGAAGAAGAGAAGAAAGAAUGGAUUCAGGUCAUUCAGGCCACCAUCGAGAAGCACAAGCAGAACAGUGAGACCUUCAGAGCUUUCAGUGGUGCCUGCAGCCAGGAUGAGGAGUCCACCUUGUCUCCAGACUCACCUGUGGUGAGUACAAGUUCUGUGGAGCCUGUGGGGGUGACUGACGGCAGUGGGAAUGCCACAGGGUUUGAGUCCAGAAAAUUAUCCUCUAAGACCAGACGUGACAAGGAAAAGCAGAACUGCAAGAGUUGUGGGGAGACUUUCAACUCCAUCACCAAGAGGAGACAUCACUGCAAACUCUGUGGGGCGGUCAUCUGUGGGAAGUGCUCUGAGUUCAAGGCGGAGAACAGCAGACAGAGCCGUGUCUGCAGAGCAUGCUUCCUGAGCGAACCAGUAACUCCUAUGAACCCCAGCUCCGAGGCUCUCACAGAGUCCAAGCAAUGCACAGAGAAUGCACCUGCUGCAGAUUCCCGGCCCAGCCUACUCUGUGGCCCCCUAAGAUUGUCAGACAAUGGGAUGGACUGGAGUGAGGUGUGGGCCGCCAUCCCUGAGUCAGACUCCCAGGUGCUGGACCUGCAAGGAAACAACCAGGCUGCUCAACUGCCAUGCACCAUCCGCCUCCCUGGCUGCACAGUGAGUGUACCAGACCCCAAGGAGCACCUACAGGCAGAGCAUGUGUGGAAGCUGCAGCAGGGCCAGCAGACCUGGUACCUGAGUGCCUCCUCAACAGAACUACAACAGCGCUGGCUGGAGGUCCUGACCACCACUGCGCAUGGGGACACAGUCCAGAACAGCCCAGGAACCCUGUAGUCCCAGGCAUGGCCAUUCCAUGAGCCUACCCCCUGCCCCCCACAGCCCUUUGCACUGCCAUGUCAGACUUGUGUUCUGGGAGGUGAUAUUGCAGGCCACAUGAAGGAAUGAAGACUGUCAGUUGCCCAGAGCAUGAGGCAUUUGGCUUUGGAAGUCUCCUUUUGCUUUAGAAAGGAGGAAACAGAAAUUCAAAAAUGAACAGCCUCUUGUCCAGGGACCAUCCAGCAGAUCUUGGGCAAGACCUCAGCCUCUGAUUCUUAGCCCAGAAGUAUGGCCAGAACAGUGAGCAUGGACCACUGCAAGAUAAAAUGUCACCAAGCUGGUUGUGGUGACAUCAACUAGCAAAAGGCAGAAAGGAGGGCCAGGGAUGGUUUGCAGCUGGCCCUGGGUUAGGCAGAGCUACGUACAGCCCACCUUGGCCUCUGUACACCCUGUCCACUGUGUGAGCUAGGCUGUGACUCACCUCCAAUGGGUAGCAUCUCCCCUUUCUGCCCUCUCCCAAGACUCUGCCUCAUAGUCUACCUCCCCUGUUGAUCAAGAGAUCGACCUGCCCCAUCUCAUCUUGACACGUGGUUCCUGAACACCACAUUGGGAGUUCUUCAGGGAAGCUGGUCCAGGCCCUGUGUGGCAGGCAUGUGAGGUUCACUGCUGACCCCGUAGCGGGCAGAUGCAGUGCUUGUCUAUGUAAAUAAAUGCUGGCUGUCAGCAGCAGGUUUGGCUUCAGCAUCCUCUACCCCUCCACCAGGCAAAUGAAGCAUGGAGGACAAGGGUGGCAGAAUUGCAUAGACUGCAUGCCAGGCCUGGAAAGCAGCUCUGCAGCUCUGGUGCUGCCAGAACUGGGCAGACAUCUGGGGGAUGUCAUAAAGGUCAUAGGGUUGAGAAAGUACUCUGAAAGGAUCUAGAAACCGAUGGUGGGAUCUGGUCCUUCAGGACACUCCCCUCUAACAUCCAAUCCACACUGCUUUGUGUGGAAUACCUGAGCAGACAUGGGAGGCACCUCCCUGGCUGAGAGGGAGUGGCUAGAACCAGAAGUGGGUGGUUGUCACAGGUAAGGCUAAGUGAGAGAGCACAGUUAGAACACAGAUAGCUGUAUAUAUAAGCCAGCUGGCAUGGUUGUGGGUUGCCCCAAAAUGACUAUACACACUUGAGCCUCUGUGUGGCACUCACUAUGAAGAAACUGAGGCAGGAAUCAGGAGCAAAGCAGCUGGAGAACUUGCACAUUGCAUGGUGCUUGCCUGGAAGAGAUGGACCACUUCCUUUUGGCUACUAUAGCUCAAGUUGGGGCAGUGGCAGUGGUAGAGGAGAACAGGUGUCCACAGGGGCCUCAGAAGGUUCUUUCCUUGGCUCAGUGCACAAAUGGGGUGUGAGCAGAGACGGGAUGGGAGUGGGGGGAGUUUCACAGAUCUCACCAGCUGCAUGGGUCCAGUGAGGGAUGGGCAAGGAGAUGGGGCUCUGUGACCCAUACAACAGGUAAGUGAGCAAAACCAGAGCUAGAAAAGGUGGGGAGCCUCAACCAAUGUUCCUCCUUAGAUUUUCCCCCAACUAUCUCAGGCCUUUGUACCUGCUGUUCCCUGUGUCUGAGACUUUUUCUGCAGAUUCUUCUGGGGCCUCCUGAGCCUUUGUCUACUGUCUUGUUUAACUCUAUAAUCUCUUGUGUAACAUAUUUCCCCAGGUAGAAUACAAGCAUGAAUGCUUGUAUUCA